UCAUGCAUUAAUGUUACUCUGUCGAAUUAAUUUUGAACUUAAUCUUUUUUGAAAAAAAAAAACUCAAAAAACAAAAAUAAAAGGGAUUAACUCUAUUAAUUUCAAUUGAAUUUCAAUUAGAGUUUUAGGGUUUCAUUUUGUAAAUUUGGGGGUAGUAUCGAAUUUCAGUACGAGCAAAGUUCAAUCAGUCGGUAUUGUCGGGAUUGUUGCAGCUUCGUUACAUAGUUAAUAGGCGGUAAAUAAACUCGGGCUAAGCUAUUGAAUGUGACUCCUUCUUUACAGGUUGAUAAAUGACAAAAACGAGAAAGCAGUCCAAGGCAAAUUGUGUUAGGAGUUCACAACAAACAGUUGAAGAGAAGAGUGGAAGUUCAAUGUUUGGUGAUACUACAAAGGGCCCAAAAUUUGUACAACUGCAUUCUACGAUCUUUAAGGACAACCGACUGAGUGUGGGAGGUCAGGUCAAAGCAAAAGGUGAAGUGUUGAAAUAUCACUCUUCUAGUCGGACAAAGGCACCGAAUUUGACAUGUCGUAUCGAGUCUUUUGGUAGAAUCUGCCAAAAGUUUGAUGACAGACGGAAGAAGUGGGUGGGUGAAAUGGGGUUUGGGGGAUUAUUAUUUCUAGAUUCAGGCAUGCAUCUUCCAAGGCAAUUGGUGUAUUGGUUGCUUAGUCGAAUUGAUCCUAUUAAGAAAAUGUUAAUAUGCCUUGAUGGAACAGAGUUCAAAUUGUCACAGAACCAAGUGUAUUGGAUUUUUGGCAUUCCAAAUGGUGGCAAGGCUGUUCCUUCGAAGAGCAGAAUGAAUGACCAUGUGAAGGGUGAUGUUGAGGAAUUGUUAAGGAAGUAUGGCUAGUCAUGGGAGACAAAAUGCACUAAAGGCCGUGUUUAUAAUGUGACAGGAAUUCUAGUUAACUCUGCAGUAAUGGAUAGAUUGGAAGGUGAUUGGGAAGAUAAGGAUGAAGUUGAAUUUAAGACAUUGUUUCUCCUCCUUUCGCUGCACAUGGUUCUCUGUCCUACGCAAUCUCCAAGAAUUUCACCUGAUAUGUUGCCUGCUCUGGCUUGUGCAAAGGAUUGUGCUGAAUAUGAUUGGUGUGGGCUUGUUAUAUCCAAAUUUAUUUCCUUUGCCAGGAAGGACACGCUGCCGAAAGCGGUGGUUUUCUGUUAUUCAUCGUGGUGUUAUAUCUGGACCGUUUGAAUGCUGAUCCCAUCCGUUGGGGUGCAUUCCUGCGCGUGAGUGUAUGGGCAAUAACGCCAUGUCUAAAGCUGCUAGGCAGGAUCGUGUUUAUAGACAUGGUUGUUUCGGUGACUUUGGAGCUGCUGGAAUGUUGGAUGUCGCGUACGGUGAAAGACACCCGUUGGACGCGAGGGAUAUCAAUGGACCUCCUGACUCAUAUAGUAAUACCCAGAUUGAUGAAUUGUCUAUAUUCAUUCCAUCACCUAAGCCAAGACGAAGGAGAGCUACCAAAGGGGACGGAGAGUCAUGGUUCAAGUCCAAUUGAUAAUCAAGCCUGUGUUGCUAGGUGUAGACACCCAUUUGUGUCUCCCUAAAACCAAACCUAGUGAUGAGUGCCU